AUGGAUGUGGCACUUAGCCGCAAACGCUCGCGCCUGACUAUUGACGAGGACGAGGACGAGGUCCAGCGGAGGAGGGAGCCGUCGCCUGCUCUGCCGCCAUUGGGCGAUGCGCUGAAGAGGUCGAAGACGCAGUGUGAAUUGGAAGAGCUAGAUGUUAUAAGUACGGAGGAAGCAUGGAGCGUGGAUGUGGAUGCGAUAUUGGCUAGCAGUACGCUCGCGACUCCUGUAGGCAGUAUGCUGGAAGCGCAUAAUAAUUGGGCAAGGUAUAAGAGGCAGGCGUCAAUAAUUGUUUUGUGUGUGCAGGGGAAUGUUCAAGUCCAUUACGACCUGCUUUGCUCCGCUCUACCAGACCUCUACACGCUCUCCCCAUCUCUACAGCCCUUCGUCCUCUGCCACGACCCCUCGACACAUAGACUCCCCUCCUCCGCGCCCUUCUCGUUACCUCUGAUACAAGCCGCGACUCCCUCGAACAACCACUUCGUCCGCCUAGGCCUUCUACAUCCACUCGGUGGAGGCAAGUUCCCAUUGGACGCACUCGUCGUGCUGGAUAAGAAGGGUAGAAGGAGGUUAGUGCUGCCGUUUGGCUGGGGUGCUGGUAAACAUGCGGAUACGCCUGCGGGACGGAGCAUACAGCUACGGUUGAUGGCGUUGCUGAGGAGUUGUGUUGCGAUGCUAGAACAGGAAUAA